AUUGAGGGAGAGAAGGAGGAGGAGGAGGGAUGUGGUGGAUGGAGGUCUGGCUCUCUCAUCUCCACAUAAACUGCUGGGGUAUUUUUUCCCCCCUUCACUCUCUGCAGCAGCAAACAAAAGAGGAAGAUGAAGAAGUCUCUGUGCGUGUUGUUGGCUGCUGUGAGCUUCCUGGGAGGAUUUUCAGCGCUGACAAAAGAUGCAACGACUGAGAGUUUGUUCCUCAACACGACAACGACCACAGCUGAGUCUGUCACUGUGGAGCUGCAGGAAAACAGCACGCUACGACUGACUACCACUGCUCAGACAACGUUAAAACCCACCAUCAGAUCCACAGCAAGUCCCACUGUCUCUGUUACAGAGAAACAACAGGACACUAAAGGCACCAACCAGACAAGAGGAGAGGAAAACAACAACAAAGAAGAAAAAGAUGACAAGACAGAAGAGAAGAAACCAACACUGGACUGUCCUCCGCUCGGCCUGGAGUCUCUGCGGAUCCAUGACAGCCAGAUCCAAGCUUCCUCUUACCUGCGGGAGGGUCUGGGUCCACACAGAGGGAGGCUGAAUAUCCAGUCUGGCAUCGAGGACGGGGAUAUCUACGAUGGAGCCUGGUGUGCCGAGUACAAGGACCGACACCAGUGGCUGGAGGUCGACGCCAUCCACAUGACCCUGUUCACCGGAGUCAUCCUGCAGGGCCGAAACUCCAUCUGGAGCUGGGACUGGGUCCACACCUACAAAGUCCAGCUGAGCAACGACUCUGUGGACUGGGAAACCUGCAAGAACGGGACGGAGGACGCAAUCUUUGAAGGAAACCAGAACCCAGAGACCCCUGUGCUCGGACUCCUCCCUGUUCCCACAGUGGCCCGUUUCAUCCGCAUCAACCCUCAGACCUGGUACUUCAACGGGACCGUCUGCCUCCGAGCGGAGAUCCUCGGCUGUCGUGUUCAUGAUCCUGAUGACCCCUACGCCUCAGAACAAGAACAGGGAUCGAAGGACGCCCUGGACUUCAGACAGCACAACUACAAAGAGAUGAGAAAGCUCAUGAAGUCUGUGACAGACGAGUGUCCAGACAUCACCCACGUCUACACCAUCGGGAAGAGCUACCAUGGCCUCAAACUGUACGUCAUGGUGAUCUCAGAUAACCCCAGGAAACACGAACUAGGUGAGCCAGAGUUUCGUUACGUAGCGGGGAUGCAUGGGAACGAGGCUCUGGGCCGGGAGCUGGUCCUGAACCUCAUGCAGUAUUUGUGCAAGGAGUACAAGAAGGGGAACCAGCGCGUCGUUCGGCUGGUGACAGAGACGAGAAUCCACCUCCUGCCCUCCAUGAACCCUGAUGGGUACGAGGAAGCUUACAAGAAAGGCUCUGAACUGGCCGGCUGGGCUGACGGACGUUACAGCGUUGAAGGGAUCGACAUGAAUCACAACUUUCCAGACCUGAACAACAUCAUGUGGGACGCCCAGGAGGUGGCUGCAGAUAAAUCUAAAGUCCCAAACCACUACAUCCCCAUCCCAGAGUACUACACCCAAGAGGACGCCAUGGUUGCUCCAGAGACCCGUGCCGUCAUCAGCUGGAUGCAGGACAUCCCCUUCGUGCUCAGUGCGAACCUCCACGGUGGAGAACUGGUGGUGACGUACCCCUACGACUGCACUCGUGACUGGGCUCCUCAGGAGGACACGCCCACAGCCGACAACGCCUUCUUCCGCUGGCUGGCCACCGUCUACGCCUCCACCAACCUGGUGAUGGCCAACCCUGACCGCCGUCUGUGUCACUCUGAGGACUUCCAGGCCCACAACAACAUCAUCAACGGGGGAGCCUGGCACACCGUCCCCGGCAGUAUGAACGACUUCAGUUACCUGCACACAAACUGCUUCGAGGUGACGGUGGAGCUGUCCUGUGAUAAGUUCCCUCAUGUGAGUGAGCUUCCCAUCGAGUGGGAGAACAACAAGGAGUCUCUGCUGGUCUACAUGGAGCAGGUCCACAGAGGCAUCAAAGGUGUGAUCAGAGAUAAGCUGACCAAACAAGGGAUAGCUGAUGCCAUCGUCAAGGUGGAGGACCAUGACCAUGACAUCCGAUCAGCUGCUGACGGGGACUACUGGCGCCUUCUAAACCCCGGCGAUUACAAAGUGGUGGUUUGGGCUGAAGGUUACUUCCCUUCCAUGCGUCGAUGCAAUGUCGGGAUAGAACCACGUCCCACCAUCUGCGACUUCAUCCUAACCAAGACGCCCGUUCAGAUGCUGAAGGAGAUCAGAGCUAAAGGAGGGAAGAUCCCCCAGGACCUGCAGCUGCGUCUUCGGGCUCUGAGACUCAGAAAGCUUAGAGCAAGCACCAAGGCCAUCAACCAGCGAAGAGAGGGUCUGCGGCUGCAGGAGGAGCAGCAGAGGAGGAGAGCUAGAUCCUCCUGAGCCUGGAGGGCAUGAGAGACGGAGGGAAGAGGAAGCCUCAGAGCUGGAUUAUGGGAGGAGAAAACGGACCUUUGGAAACAGGGACGUGUUCCUUCUGGUGAUUAAAGAGAGGACACUAUUAAAGGGACACUUCAGAUUAAAUAUAACAGACGCACAAACUCUCACAGACUCUAACAGGACACUUAAAGGACACUUAAAGGACACUUAAAGGACACGUGAGUCACCUCUAAAGAGUUUUUAAACUCCUUGAAGGAUGAUGGACAUUCUGCUUUUCUUUAACAUGACUGAGUUGAGGAUUUACUUGUCAGCUGGUCUGAUAUGUGACAUGUUUUUCUUACACUGUGUCUGUUUUUGUUGAUUUAGGUCCUGCAGGGACCACAAAAUAAAUAUGUUUCUUAUUUGUGUUACAUAUUUUCCAGCAUCUUAUACUGAAACCAAGGUAAAGCAACGUGAAAUACUCACCUGGAACUGAAGAUAAUCUGGGGAUGGUUACUGUAAGAUGCUUCAAAAUUAGAUGUCACAUAAUAGACAAAUAGGUAAAGCCAAUUGAUCGGCUUAGAGAAGUAUAAUACAUGCUUUGUCUGCCAUCUUUGGUUAAUAUUGGAAAUACAGGACUUAAACUUCAGACAGUG